UGUCCUUAUUACCAUUGCAUUUAGUACUUUAGUGUAAUCAGAUUUCACCAGAUCGACGUCAAAGAAACACAUGAAACAAUAUCAGUUCGUGCACAGAGUGACGCACAUUAGAGAAUUUUCUACCGCUAUUAUUGUUCACCCGGCGCCCGCAACAUGCCCGCCCUGCUGGAGAGACCGAAGCUGUCCAACGCCAUGGCCCGGGCGCUGCACAAGCAUAUUAUGAGAGAGAGGGAACGCAAGAGGCAGGAGGAGGAGGAGGUGGAUAAGAUGAUGGAACAGAAACUGAAGGAAGAAGAAGAGAGGAAGAGGAAAAAAGAAAUGGAGGAGAGGAUGUCCCUGGAAGAGACUAAGGAGCAGAUCAUGAAGAUGGAGGAAAAGCUACAGGGCCUGCAGGAGGAGAAGCACCAGCUGUUCCUGCAGCUCAAGAAGGUGCUUCACGAGGAGGAGAAGCGGCGUAGGAAGGAGCAGAGCGACAUGACGACGCUGACCCCGACCAACUACCAGCCCAGCAUGACUAUGCACUCGGGGCAACACCUUCUCAGCAUCCAAGCCAUCACGGCCGCUCGGCCCGCUCUGCUUGGGGACCGCAGUAAGCAGCUGUUCCAGCCACCGGUUCUUCCUGACUGACAGGGGUGUCCCUUCCAGGCCCAGGCCGGCUUCGGUGCCAGCAGCUCAGAGCAUGGCCAGUACGCGGCCGGACAGGCGGCACACGGGCCGUACGGGGUGAGCCAGCCCCAGCACGUGCCUCCCUACAACCCUGGGCAGCCCGUCUCCGCCAGCUACACCGGAGGCUCCCAGCUCAGAGGUGCGGCAGCCUUCCAGGCUAUGCAGUAUCUCCCUCACCAGCCUCAGGCCUACGCCGUGCACGGCCACUUCCCCUCACAGCCGGGCUUCAUCCCCAGUGCUGGUAUCCCCCUGCAGAAGCAGCUGGAGCAUGCCAACCAGCAGUCUGGCUUCACCGACUCGAGUACCCUGCGGCCCCUGCACCCACAGGCUCUCCACCCCAGCACCGCAGGCCUGAUGCCCAGCGGCUCCAUCGCGGUGCAGAUCCCUCCAGCAAAGUCCGGCCUGCCUUACGCCCACCCCCCACGCCCAGUCUCCCCCGGGGGUUUCAGUCACGGGACACCCCCCCAGCAAACACACUCGGCUACUUUCCAAGGUUCACCACAGCCUGCACCUCGCCACGCCUACCUGUCCCACAGCCAGUCAGCACAGAGGUUCUAUCACCACAGCAAGUAAUCAAUCGACCUAUGAGGGAGACGGCACCCGAGCCAUCAUCCGUCUACAGGGGGUCGUGGCUGAACAGCUGAUCGAGUGCCGCUUUCCAUGUUUUUGCUUUAAGUAGUGAUGAGGGCUAAGGAUGAGAAUGGACAGGAUUCUGAUCUCUGGUCAGAUCCCUGCUCAGCUAUCUUGUAUGAAGUUCACAAGUUCCAUGUUGGCUGGUGUGUAAAUACUAAUAGUACAUAUUGCUGUAUUUUUAGGAUUUUAAAGAUGAGAACACUUAAGUUUUCUGGAAACUGGCAAGGAUUUAACUUUUGUGUGUAAAUAGAAAUCUAAAGAAUGGAUGACUUUUCUCCUUGCAUUUUCAUGGUAACCUGUACAUCCUUCCCUGUCGACGGCUUUAUUUGAAAUAUAAAUUAAUCUACACUUUGUAUUAUGUGAAUUCAGACUCCACUAGACGACAGACUCCACUGGUAAAGUUUAUUUUCUGAGAUUAAACAGAUGUGCAUCCUACAAAAAUAAAAGAAUCGCGUAACAAAA